AAUUCAUCAUUGUAUAUAUUUAGUUUCGUAUUUUAACUUUACCACAUAUCCCGUGGUGAGCCCCUUAGUGUUUUAGUCUUACGUAUUUGUAAAUACCCAUAUUGAACCUCAGUUCACCGGGCCUUAAACCCGCCAGUCCGUGCAGUAUCAGUUUGGACGCGGCAGUCUAGAGGGAAGGACGUUCUUAUACUUCUCUCGUGCAUACCAUCCAGUCACUAUGCAUUUUUGUUAAUUGAAAUAGCUGUGUGCUAACUCUGAAGUGAACCUGGUACUGGCUUUUUCUGAGGUGAGGUUUAUUAAUUGUCAAUUUUAUCGUCAUUUCGUUCAUUACUGUUCUAAAACACCCAGUCAUGGUAUUUCAAUCGUUUUUAUGCUUAUUUGUUACGUUUGAAUUUAAAUGUCUAUGUUUAGAUACACGUGUUUGAAUCUAUUAUAAGUAUGGCGGACUAUUAUGGUCAUAUUCCUUUUGUAGUAAUGAGUAGUAUUAUGCAACACUGCAUUUAAGUAAUUGAGUUAGUAUUUUGUGAGUGUAAAAGCUAACAUGCUUUAUAGUAAGUCUUCUUUAAGACUGUAUAUCAGUAUUUUGUGUGUAAUAAGCGUCUAUGCUAAGUGUGUCAUUCAUGACCCUAUAGCCUGUAAGUAAAGUAUGGUGCGUAUUGGUGUAAAAGCCACAGUUGCUUUUGUCAUGUACUUAAUGUGUUUGUGUACUAUGUUGGCGCAGGUCCCUUGUUCCAUCUAUGGUGUAAACCACUUUCAUCGAUGGUGGCCGAAUUUUGGUGACGUCUUGUGUAGACUAAGUGGCCAGUAAAGAACAUUGUCCCUUGGAGGACCUCACCAGUCCAUUCUUGUCAAGACCAAGUGGUAAUAGACAACAGUGGAGGACCUUACCAGUUCCCAUACUAGGACAUUUACUUUCAAUGUUUUGUGUGUACCAUUGUCCUUUUGUGUGUGUUCUGUGUUGUACAAAAUCAGCCGUGUACUGGUUGUUUGGGACCUUGGAAAAAUGCUAACCAGAGUUGGACCUGUCUCAGAAAGAUUACCUGAGAAUUUGACAAGAAUGGCAAACUUGGCUGAUCAGUAUAAAGAUGCUCGUGACCUGAAUGCACUCCAAGCUACGGGUAAGGGUAAGAUGCCUUUAGAAAAAAAAGUUGAUCAGGUGAAGAAAACAGAUGUAGGUGAGAACAAGCAUGUACCUAAUGAUAAGAAAAGGUUCAUUCCAAAGACAGAGCGUAAGUGUUACAAAUGUCAUAGGUACGGACACAUUGCACCAGAAUGUAAGUCUAGAACAUCGUUUAAUAACGUUUCUAAUGCAGUGCAAGACGUUGGAUCCUCAGAGCAAAAGGUUUGUUUUGUUAGCACAAUACCUACUGAUUCUAUUGUAGAUUCCAGAGUCUCUUCUUCUCCAAUGACAAUGUCAUCAUCUUGUCAGAAGAACUCGUCUUUUAACAUGCCUUUAUCUGCAGGGUAUGUUAACAAUGUCCCGGUGACGGUACUAAGAGAUACUGGGUGUAGUGGUAUUGUUGUUAAAAUGAGCAAGAUACAGGAGGAAAACCUUAUAGUUGGUAAGAAACAGACUUGUAUUUUAGCAGAUGGUUCUAAGGUAUCUGUCCCGAUUGCCGAAGUGUCCAUCGAUACGCCAUUUCUGAAAGGUCAGUAUGAGGUAUGGUGUAUGGAGAAUCCUGUGUACGACUUGAUAGUUGGUAACGUUCCAGAUGCCAAACCAGCAGAUCAACCAGAUCCAGAUUGGCAGGUAAAUGCUGUUGAGACUAGGCAACAGAAACGUGACAAGAGUAAACCAUAUCCUCAACUUAGGGUUCCAGACAUGAUUACUGAAGAUAUCAAUCCGAUGACAAUUAGGGAUGCGCAGGAGGAUGAUCAUUCUUUGAAAAAGGUUCGUGAAAAUGUAGAGAACAAUCUCUCUCAGGUUAAGAAAAAUGGUAAAGUGAGUUGGUUUAAGAAAACGACCUUAUGUUUAGACAGUAUAGUACUCAUGUGGGAGAUAGGGAAAAGACUUAUUAUCAAUUAG